GAUCUAUAUCCAAGAUGUCUGUCCGCGCCCCCUAUGUUGUCCCCGCACUCAAAAAGCACACCGCGACCGUGAUCAUGGCCCACGGUCUCGGAGACAGUGGCGCCGGAUGGAUGGCCCUCGCCCAGAACUGGCGCCGCCGCGGCAAGUUCGAGGAAGUGACCUUCAUCUUCCCCAACGCCCCCAUGAUCCCGAUCACAGUGAACUUCGGCAUGAGUAUGCCCGGCUGGUAUGAUAUCACCAAACUCGGCGGCGACCUGGACUUCGAAGAAGCAAUCCGCACACAAGACGAGGCCGGAAUCCUAAAGUCGCGCGACUACUUCAACACCCUCAUCAAGGAGCAGAUGGACAAGGGUAUCAAGUCCUCCCGCAUCGUGCUCGGCGGGUUCUCGCAGGGUGGUGCGAUGUCCGUGUUCACGGGCGUCACGAACAAGGAGAAGCUGGGUGGUGUGUUUGGUCUGUCGUGCUACAUGCUUCUUAGCGACCGUAUCAAGAACUACACGCCCGAGAACUGGCCUAACAAGGAUACUCCGUUCUUCUUGGGUCACGGUGAUGAGGAUCAGGUUGUGCCUCAUGCGUUUGGCCAGGGGUCGGCUAAGAUGCUGAAGGAUCUUGGCGUUGAGAAUGUUGAAUUCAACACUUAUCCUGACCUUGGCCACUCGGCUGAUCCCGUCGAGAUUGAUGAUCUGGAGAAGUUCUUGACGAAGACGCUCCCCAUGGAGGCCGACGGGGCUGCUUUAUGAAUGGAUG